AUGUCACCACCACAAUUUCGAUCUCUUAUAAAUCUAUCAUAUCUGGAUCUUUCCAACAACCAGAUCACGGGUUCCAUUGGAAGCAUAACCGGUCUAACAAGUUUAGAAUUCUUGUAUCUUUCCAACAAUCUAAUAAAUGGUUCUAUCCCAUCGAACUUUUCGAAAUUGAUCUCUCUUACAACACUAUCACUUAAGUCCAAUCAGCUUAGUGGCCUAUUACCUCCAGAGUUAGGAUCUCUUGUUCUUCUAACUGAUCUGGAUCUAAGUAGAAACCAGUUUCUAGGAAGCAUUCCACCUCAGAUAGGACAUUGCCACCUUUUGUCAUCGUUACUCAUAUCAGACAACUUAUUAACAGGAGAAAUACCACAAGAAUUUGGUUAUCUUACCAACCUAUAUGAGCUGGACUUGAGUAGAAACAAUUUAAGUGGCACCAUCCCAGGGACUUUUUCUAAAUUUUCCCAACUGUAUAGGAUGAAUUUAUCAUAUAAUAGUUUGGGUGGCGCAGUUCCAUUACUUCCAUAUGCAUCUGUCUCUGGACCCUUGAUAUCACUUGACAAUAAUAUGGAUUUAUGCGGUGAACAUUUUUAUGGUGUAAAACCAUGUGAAGUACCAAAGCUUGACAGAGAACGACAAAGCAAUAAGCAUCCAAAUAAGAUGCGACCUAUAAUCAUUUUUUCUUCAUUUUCAUUUGCCGGCCUUGUAAUAGCAAGCAUUGUGGCUGUUUGUUGGAGAAGAAAAAUCAUAAAAAUUACUACCGAAAGCAAGUCUGGAGAUAUACUUUCCAUAUGGAAUUUCGAUUGGAAGAUCGCGUUCAAAGAAAUACUCACUGCAACAGAAAAUUUUGAUGAGAAAUAUUGCAUAGGCAUUGGAGCCUACGGAUCAGUCUUCAGAGUUGAGCUUGGAGGGGGGAAGAUUUUUGCAGUCAAGCUCCUCCACUCGAUGGAAGAAUACAGCGAUGAGGGGACAUUUCAUGCUGAGAUUGAAAUACUGACGAAAAUAAGGCACCGAUGCAUCGUCAAGCUGUAUGGAUUCUGUUCCCACUCCCGGUGCAAAUUUCUCGUCUAUGAUCUUAUCGAGAGGGGAAGCUUAUCGUCUAUUCUGCAUGAGCAAGAGCUAGCGAUGGAGCUAAAUUGGCCCAGGAGAGUUGUUGUCGUGAGGGAUGUAGCUCAAGCUCUCUCCUACUUGCACCAUGACUGCGACCAUACAAUCGUGCAUCGUGACAUAAAAAGCAGUAAUAUUCUUCUGAACCUCGAUUAUAAAGCUUAUGUCUCGGACUUUGGCAUGGCGAGGAAGCUGAAGCACCGUUACUCAAGCUGGAGCUCUAUCUUUGCAGGGACAUGUGGCUACAUAGCCCCAGAAUUGUCAUCUACCAUGUUAUGGACAGAGAAGUGUGACGUGUACAGCUUUGGCGUGGUUGCACUGGAAGUUUUGAUGGGAAAGCACCCGGGUGAUUUGCUCCUUCCAUUCUUCUGCGGAACAGAGCAGCCGGAAAAGCUCAAAGACAUCCUGGAUCAACGCAUCGCAGCACCGUCAACCAUUGAUGAGGGGAAGGAUGCCAUUUUGGUUGCCUUGGUGGCCUUUGCUUGCCUGCAAGUCUCUCCAAAAGCUCGGCCAACAAUGCAGCAGGUAUAUCAGGCACUCACGAACAGAAACCGCCCAACGCUGAUGCUCAGGCCAUUUCAUGAAAUCAGCCUGCAAGAUCUGCACGAUUACUGUGGCGCCAUGGAGAAUAUACGAAGCUACAUACUAGUCUCCUUUGUUGGCAACUACAUGUUUGGCACGUUUCUGUUUGAGAUAAUGGAUCUAUACUGCCAGGCUUGA